UAAGUAAUUGGCAUGCAGUAAGGGGCUAGUACAGGUACAAGCUACAUGUGCAGUAGUACUUAUCAAGCCUGUGGUGCUGCACAUUGAAAGCUAAAACUAAUGAGCAGCACGUGGCGUGGCACGCCGGUCAUUUGUUGCAUACAAUAACGAGCUGUUGGGUGCACGGAGUAUUCGGCACCGGUGUCGGCCUCCCUCUUGUGGCAGCGCCAGACGAGUGGUGCACCUGUGCCACUCUGGCAAGUGUGGUCCCGCCCCUCCGUCAGACUGUGUAUGACGUUGGCAUCAUUCGCGCCGCCGCCCGCAGCUGGCGAGUGUCACUCCUUACUCACUGUCCCGCGCUGCCAUUCCCCCGCCCACCGCCACGCUGACCGUACGAACGUCCCGCCACCGCGUGUCCCGCGACCACUAGUGACGCCCCAGGAUAAGAGCCACCGCGGUAGUAUCAGGACCCUCGUGAACAUCUGCAGGUGACCAGUGUGGGUGACUCCAGUGUUGUGCCGUCCCUUAACCCGCAGCCUCCAGAGAGGAGCUAUUGUGUCUCCAGGGCAGUGGCAGAGCUGCUUCAGUGCCUUUCCCGAACGGUGCCACAUCGCCUGUGCUGUAGACGGUGACAGAGUUGACUUGCAGUAACAACAAUAGGCAUCAUGCGGCGGUGCUGCUGGUGCUGCGUCAGUCUACAGAAGGGCGUGGUGGCCAUCGGAGUCUUAGGCAUGGUUUGUUCAGCAGUGCUCUCUGUCGGGUACGGCGCCGUGGCCUUCACCCUCGAGGAGCAUCUGACGGCUUGUAGGGAAGGGGAGGCACGCGACCUCCUUGGAGUUCUGCCACCUUGCGAGGACUUGUCAAACACCGCUAAACUCCUUGCAGUUCGCAUCUUCGUGUACGCCCAGGUGAGCGUGUGGGUUCUCUUCUUCACCUUCUCCAUCCUGCUCAUUGUGGCGGCAGUCAAGGAGCGUGGUGGGCUGCUGGUGCCGUGGCUGGUGCUGUCUGUGGUUGUGAUGGCUGCCGUGGUGUGGUCGGGGGUGCGUGCUGCUCUCCAGAAGCGUACUCUGGACCUGCUGGCGUCCGUGGUGGCGGUGGUGGUGAUCACGUACUGCUGUCUCGUGGUGCGUUCCUACGGCCGUCUCAUCAAGAAGCAGGCACUGGUGUCCGUGCGGGUACCUUCCACCUACUCCCACCCACCCUGCUGCCAGCAACCGCCCACACCCGUCCCUAGCCCAAACCCAGCCCCCUGCAGAGAGAUGAGAGAGAGGGACCCGCCCCCAGCCUACACCGCCCAUCCCUCAGUCACCCACAUCUCCCGGUCCACCGUCAUCUCCACCCCUCGCUCCACUGUCACGCCCACCCCCCGCUCCACGACUAUAGCCAUAACCACCCCUCGUUCCACAAUUACCUCCACUAUUCAGAAGUCUCCAAUCCCCCCCGGUCUUGGGAUCAACAUAUAAUGGAGGUGUGCUUUGUGGCGUCUUAAAAAUCAGUCUUAUUCCCUCCGUAGAUUAAGUUAGGUCAUGGUGCUCGGUGACGGCUGCAUGGAGUGUCCUUGCCGUGCUGCACGUUGAGGCGUCAAGCACAUAGAAGAUGGAGAGAUGUAUUUUUAUAUGUAUUCCAAAUGGCAUGUUAGUGAUAGGCCUAAUACUCCUCUGUGGCAUUAUACACAGUCGAUUUCUGGUGUGUCUUUUGCUUGUAGGCCUUGUUAUCACACUUCCUAUACUUCACUUACUGCGGAACAUGUUGUUUACACAGAGAAGGAAACACCAUCCUCAGUUUUCCUUCUAUAUAGAUGUACAAAAGUUGACUGGUGAUGUUAGGUUCUCACUUCAUUGUAAUUAGUUUCAGGGAGGUGGCAGGGAUAACACCAUGGUGUGAAUUGGCAAGUCCUUUGAAUUGUGGCCUUGCUUGUGGUUUCAAAAAGGAUAUAUUCACCCUUUUGUAGCAUUUGUAUGGGUUAUUAUCAGGUAUACUCCCCACACCCUGACCCUUCUCUUGUACUCACUACUCUGCGAUAGAAAAGUGCAAAUGUAUUAUGUUCUUAAAUAUAUAUUGAUGGCUCAUC